UUCAACGCUACGUACCGUGUCUGCGGCAAGCUGGGUCAUUUCGAAAGGGCUAGCAAAACGAAAAAGAGAGAGGGCAAAGACGCUAUGGCGGGUGUUGUGGUGGCCUCAGCUCAAGUGUAGGGCCAUCUACAGUUGCAGAUAUUAGUUUCUCAAGCGACUAGUGACACACAGCACCGUGCCACGGCUGUAGCGGACACGGGCGCUCAGGUCUGUGUGGCAGGGCCUACCCAAAUGAACACCCUCGGUCUCACACCCAGCCAACUACACAGUCGGAGGGGGCUGCGCGACCUUGCCAACGUACACCUACCCACCCUCGGGGCGUAUCAUCUUGCCGCAUCAGCGUUCCUGGCCGCUCCACCAUCCAAGACAUCUACUUCGUCAGCCAGACGAGCUGACGGGGUCAAGAGUGAAGAGUCCGGGGCUGCUGGAGGACUGGUGGCAGGGGUACUCAGUGUAGCAGGGGCGGAGGGACGCAUUGUGGUGACUGUGGCGGCAAUGCUUGGGGUGGUGGGGAACCUCAUCGUGGCUGGGCUCAUCUGCUGCCCCUCCCGCUGGCCGCGCACCACCACCAGCUUCUACCUCCUCCACAGAGCCAUUGCCGACACCUGCGUGCAGAUCUGCCAGCCCCUGGUGGUGGUGACGCUGGUGAGUGGCCAACACCUGUGGGGCUGCAUCUUCAACCCCGCCAUGAUGCAGUUGGGCAUGCUGGCCAGUACAGUCUUCCUCUCCGGCCUCGCCCUGGACUCCUACCUAACGUCCAUCCCUCGCUGAUUCCCCCCGAAGGCCCGCUGGAGGCUGCUGGGGGUGGUGGUGACGGCGGCGGGGCUGGCAGGGCUGGGCAUCUUCACCCUGACAGGCCUUGGAAUUUUUCGCCGCGGGGACAUGUGUCUGGAGGCGCCGCUCUUCCUCAUCCACAGCCACGACGCCUUAUUCGUCUGCCUCCUGCUGGUGUUCCUGCUGCCCCUGCUCGUGUUAGGGGGCUCCAUGGCGCUCCUGCUAAAGGGUAGGACGGCAGAGGCGAUAGGGAGGGGCGGGAGGGCCACGCCAGGCACAACACAAAAGACAACAAAAACUAGCUCGAGAAAUUUGACUACCGCCGUCUUGCCACUGCCUCGCCACAUGCGCCUCUUGGCAGCCCUGAGCCUCGUGCUCCUGGUGGCCCACGUGCCCUACUGGACACUCCGGAUACACUACUCGAGGGUGCCGGAGCUGCUGCCCUUCACCGUGCACACCCUCCUGGCUGUGUGGUUCAGGAUGGAGUUGUGGCAAGGGGUGGUGUCGCACCUCCCUUCUCACCCCGCGGCAGCUGUCCCCCUACACACAGUUUGAUGUCUUGACCUCCCUCUCCACAUGUUCUGAAGCCUCGACCUGCUUCUCGACACAGUUCGAAGCUUCCUUCCUCUCCACACUGUCAAUUUGAAUCCUCGACUUCCCUCACCACAUGUUCCGAAGCUUCGACCCUUCACCAUGCAUGUUCACCCCAAAAAUCCAUCUUCCUCUGACUCCACUGUCCACGAACCCACUCCACCACACCUCCCACCACCGUACCGUGAAGGCAGAACGAGAUGUAACAUCAGUAAAGACAUGAACUACUUGGCAACUACUUGCUCUAUGUAAUGAUUGCCAAAUUACUAGACCAACUUCAUUAUGAUAGGCGCAUCUCUCUCUCUCUCUCUCUCUCUCUCUGCAUUAUAGGUAUGCAUCGAUGUGAUAACAUUCAGCCGCCGUUGAUAACAUCAUGAGAUAAAAUUGUAACUAAAACCCUUCCCCCUGCAGAGUUUGCUUCACGAAAAUACAAACUUACAAGUUUAUUCGUAAAUAAAGAAAAUUAGUUAAACUUUACUUGUUUAAUUGGUCAGCCGAAUAUUCCUUUAUACCCACUAAAGUUAACAAGGACUCCAAGUGACCCACAUUCCCAGAGGCUUAAAACAGACAACAUAAAUCCCACAGCCAACUAUGAUGAUAAUUUUGUUUAAAAGCUCGACUACUCAUUAGUCUUGUCUGCCAAUCAGUCAAUCCCCAACAAAACCUUGUCCACCCAUACUGACAGCACUGGUGGGGGCUGCACUUGAUACAGAAGGGCUUGCAGUACAAACAAAAUACAAAACCGCAAUUUCUGACACUUACAAUGCAAACAUGAAAGAGGAAUAAUUAUAUACAAACGACAGAGAAGCCCAAUAUUUAAUAAAGAUACAGUAGCAAUGAUGGCUUAAGAAAGUGGGAAACAUGCACUAAUUAUGCCACUGAUUGGAGUAACAUGAAAACUGAGAAAUAACAAGUUUAGCAAUUCCACUCCUCAGAUAAGAAAAAAGGAAAAGAAAACUUUAGAAACAAUGUCAGGGCAAUCACACGCCCCUGGGCAAUUGGCUGGCAAGCUAAGAAUAAAGGAACUGCUUAUCACACACACUUCUAAGGUGAUCAGUAAAUUGAGAAGCAAUGACAAGAUUAUCACAUUCUCAACAUGGCAGAUCAUACUAAAAAAUAUAUUUAAAAGUUUGUUGAGGCUGGGGUGUGUCACAUCUCCUACAUGUCACAUCUCCUACAACUUUAGCAGCUUUCUGAGUAGUGUCAGAUUUCCUACAUGGAUACAGCACAUCUACACACAAAAAUUUAUUGCCACAAUUCCUACAGGGCACCAGUCACAUUUCCUACAGGUCAUAAUUUAAAUUAUUUCCUACAAGUCAUGUUCCCUACGCUACGAAACCCAGCGUACUUUGAUGCAGCAUCUGCCUAAGACGAAGGGAAAAAACAGUGGUUCUUCUGCCCUGCCGGCACAGUGUCACCUGUACAGAUUGAAUAGAUAUUCGUGGCAGCAGCAGAUAAUAACAGCCUUGAAAAAUGCCCUUUUUGUUGUACUACCAUUCAUGACAGGCUUGAGAUAUCCAUUCAAAGGUUCCUUUUUUAAAUUAAUGUGUUCCAGAAAUCAAAUUCUAACUUAUUUACAGUAUAGUUUUAUAAACAUAUGUCAAAGAGAAAUAAAACAUGAAUGAAUAUGUUCUUGAAAUAAAAUUUUAUUUUUUUACAGUUUAGUUUUGCUUCACUUUUGGGCAUUCUUCGUGUUAGCAGAAUUGUAGGAGAGAUGACAGCAUAACUAGGAUAUACGCCGGAUGCACUGACUUGUGUAGGAAAUAUGAUGGACUAUGUGUAGGAAAUGUGACAUUACUCCAUUCUUUGUGCUGGUAUAGGAAAUGUGACUACACCCCAUUGAGGCCACUGCUAUGAUUAUGAAAACUACAUACUCAUCUCAUGAUACCCCCCGUGAUCAAUGAAAACUACAUACCAAUCAUAAGUUAAUAACUCUCAUAAUGGUGAGUAAGAACACUAAAAAUAGGUUAUCAGGGAGGCUCAUGUUACACAAUUAACAACAAAAACUGCCAGCUACUUAAAAGCUCAAAACAUCCACUAUUAUAAGUAGUAACAAGAAAGCAAGUGGACGACAAAGAAGUUUAACAGAUGCAAGUCUUGUAUAAUUAGUGAAACAAACCAAUAAAAUAACUGUAUAUAUGAUGCUUUACAAGACCACAAUAUAUUUCUGCCAACUCUACAGCAUACCGUGCCCAGAUGAUUCAUGAUACAAAAUAUGAACCAUUAAAUUCAUAACACAUUUGCUGCAUGAUUAAUGGUGAAAACUGUAGAAGGUAACGUUGAGGGCAUACACUUAAGCUACGGAUGGCCUCAGUGCUCAUCUCUGUCACACUGGCCAAUGAGCCUGUGAAAUCUGCUUAGUGUUGUGUCACACUGAGUGCUAAAACAUGAACUCCUAUAUUUUACUGGCAAGAUGACAACACUCUUCUCAAAGGAUCAAUGAAAAAAACUGUAGAUCACCUCAAAUCUUAGCAUAUCUGUUACCAUGAUGAUUAAUUGGAUUAGGUACUAAAAAUUAUUGAUUCCUAUUACAUGCACUUCUUAUGUGAUUACUGACAAAAACUAGAGCAAAUUAAAUUCUAUCAUGUCCACUAAUCUUAUUUAACACUAAACAGCUGAAGGGCAAGACCAAAGAGACAACAAAACAGCCCGCUCGAUCAGCACUGGUCCUAUAAUAGCAAAUAGAAAUGAGCAGCCAAAAGAGAUACAGGUGAAGCUUAAGUUAGGGAUACAUGCUCUAGUGUCUUGCAUCAGCACUCACCUCUGUCACAGCCAGCACCUCAGGAUGCGGGGCUGAACAUUGUUACAAACCCUAAGAAUUACUGACAAGUUUAUCCUAUACAUUUUUGUCAUGAUUUGCUCUGGUAAAAGUUCACAGUUUUGUAGAUUUAUCUCUGCAGAUCACAAAAAUACAGGCUCUUAUAGUCACCGCAGAGUAAGUUAGUUCAGAAGCCUGGCCCUCCCUCACCCUCCCUCCAAGGUAAGUGACUCCUAGGGCCGCUUUCACAGUCAUUUUGUUUGUUUUGAUUGUUACCAAUGGUGGCGAUUGCCGCUAUAGUAUUUCCACGUAAAACUGGCCAAUGGGGUAGUGGCAGCUGCGGGGUUAGCCUAGCCCUGCACCUUGUCACACACUCUCAACACCUCUCACUUCCUCUGCAGCCACCACUACCCCAUAGGCCAGUUUCAUGUGGAAAACUAUGUUGUCAAUCGCUGCCAUUGGUAACGAACAAAACAAACAAAGUGACUGUGAAAGCAGCCCUAACCCCAACCUCCUUUCAUUCAGCCAAUCAGCUCCCUGGCGAUGGAAGAGUGGGCGGGACUUCUGGACCACCUUAGGGUAUGGCGACUAUAUUAGAAGUGAUGAAUGAUGUGUUGCAGCAUUGAGGUCUGGUGCAUCAAUACGUAUCACAAGAGGAAUUUUAGCAAGUAUGAGGCCAAGUGAAUUAUUACCUAUUAAAUUAAUCUAAUGCAUUGUAAGAUUUCUGCAUUACAAUUAGGAAAUACUAAUAAGACUACAAUCCUCUGCUGAUUUUAGGAGGAAAAUGGAGGGAGAGAAAAAGAAGGCAGAAGGCAGAAUGAAGGUGGAAAGAAGUCAAUGUAGUGGAUUAAAAGUGUGUGUGUGUGUGUGUGUGUGUGUGUGUGUGUGAGAGAGAGAGAGAGAGAGAGAGAGAGAGAGAGAGAGAGAGAGAGAGAGAGAGAGAGAGAGAGAGAGAGAGAGAGAGAGAGAGAGAGAGAGAGAGAGAGA